AUGGAAAGCUUGGAUGAAUAUAAGCUCUACUGGGAAACUAAUAACUAUUUACAUACUAAAGAACAGAACAGUUUUGCACUGGAUGAGACAUUAUCAGCACAUCAUAAUUCUAGUUCACAGGAUGGAGCUCAGUCUCCGGGGGCUCCCAAAAACAUAGUUUCUGAGAGAAACCGAAGGAAGAAAUUAAACGACAGGCUCUAUGCUCUCCGUGCUGUUGUUCCUAACAUAACUAAGAUGGAUAAGGCUUCAAUUAUAAAAGAUGCAAUCAGCUACAUUCAAGAAUUGCAAGAGCAGGAGAAAAUACUUGGAGGUGAAAUAACACAGCUAGAGUACUCCUUGGCUACCAAGAACAAAAAGAGCUUGGAUGAAUUAAAUCAGGCAGCAGCUGAUAUGGCGAUGCCGUCCACUGUAUCAAAGAAGAAGAGAACUGAUAAGCAGCAGCUUUUCGAUGAAUCUGGAAGUUCUAGGGUAUUAGCAUCACUGGUCCCAGUCACUGAGCUCAAUGUUUCUUAUGUGGGAAGAAGGACAGUUCUGGUGAGCAUCAAAUGCACUAACCAAAGGAACACCAUGGUUAAGCUAUGUAAAGCUUUUGAAUCGUUAAAACUCAAAAGCAUUACGGCCAACAUUACUUCUUCCUCGGGGAUCCUCGUGAAGACCGUCUUUAUCGAGAGGGGAACCUCACACACACACCUAACUAUUCUAUUAACGAAAUCUGUGAUGACCGGAAUUAGGACGAUGGUCGGAACCAAUGAUAGUGAUGAUCAGAGCUACAUUCAAGAAUUGCAAGAGCAGGAGAAAAUACUUGGAGGUGAAAUAACACAGCUAGAGUACUCCUUGGCUACCAAGAACAAAAAGAGCUUGGAUGAAUUAAAUCAGGCAGCAGCUGAUAUGACGAUGCCGUCCACUGUAUCAAAGAAGAAGAGAACUGAUCAGCAGCAGCUUUUCGAUGAAUCUGGAAGUUCUAGGGUAUUAGCAUCACCGGUCCCAGUCACUCAUGAGCUCAAUGUUUCUUAUGUGGGAAGAAGGACAGUUCUGGUGAGCAUCAAAUGCACUAACCAAAGGAACACCAUGGUUAAGCUAUGUAAAGCUUUUGAAUCGUUGAAACUUAAAAGCAUUACGGCUAACAUUACUUCUUUCUCGGGGAUCCUCGUGAAGACCGUCUUUAUUGAGGCAGACAAGCAGGAGAUAGGUGUGCUCAAGAAAAAGAUCGAAAGUGCAAUUAUAGAUAUUAAAUGUUUAGAUGGUCCAAUAAGCUCUUGA